GCAGCCCAUUGCAGCCGCGGGAAGCGAGUUACACAUUAGCCGGCGCCGGGCGAGCGUCCCAGACACGCGGCUCCUGCAGAGCUAAAGGGAAAAGAGCUUGCUGUUGGUACAGUUUGUGGAUUGCAAUGAUGCUGGCUACCAGGUUUUCCCGGCCUCUGUCACUUUUCUCUGUGAAAACUCAGAAUUUCAGGGACAUUGGAAAUGGUCUCAGGCCUGUGCAAGGAUUUUGCUUUCCUUUCUUGACUUCAAGUGGCAGACGUUCGUAUGCAAGUGAAAUAGAUCAGAUUGGCAGCAAAGCUGUGCUCAUUACUGGCUGUGACUCAGGAUUUGGGUUCUCUUUAGCCAAACAUCUGCACUCCAAAGGCUUCAUUGUCUUUGCUGGCUGCCUGUUUAAGGACCAAGGAGCAGCAGGUUCUCAAGAGCUGGACAAUAUGAAGAGUGAGCGAAUGAGAACUAUCCAGCUCAAUGUCUGCAACAGCCAAGAGAUUGAGCAAGCGGUGGAGCAUAUAGGCGCCAGUUUGAAGGACCCCCAGAAAGGGCUUUGGGGGCUGGUUAAUAAUGCCGGGAUCUCCACGUUCGGAGAAGUAGAGUUCACCAGCAUGGAGACCUACAAGGAGGUAGCUGAAGUGAAUCUGUGGGGGACAAUCCGAACUACCAAGGCUUUCCUCCCUCUGAUCCGGAGGGCCAAAGGUCGUGUGGUGAACAUCAGCAGCAUGAUGGGUCGGAUGGGCAGCCCUGCUCGAUCGUCGUACUGCAUCACUAAGUUUGGGGUGGAAGCCUUCUCCGAUUGCCUGCGGUACGAGAUGCACCCCCAAGGAGUGAAGAUCUGUGUGGUGGAACCUGGGAACUUCAUAGGGGCCACCAACCUGUACACCCCGGAGCGAAUUAAAGCCAUAGCAGAGAAGAUGUGGAAGGAGCUUCCGGAGACUGUGCGCAAAGACUAUGGCAGGAAGUACUUGGAUGAGCAAAUCACCAAGAUGGAGAGUUACUGCAGCGGUGGUUCACCAGACACCUCGCCAGUCAUCAACAGCAUCACCCAUGCACUGAUGUCGUCCUCCCCCUACGCCCGCUACCACCCCAUGGAUUACUACUGGUGGCUGCGCGUGCAGAUCAUGACGCACUUGCCUGCUGCUAUUGCGGAUCGGAUCUACAUUUACUGAGGCGUCUCGUCACUAGGCUGCCAAGGUGGGAGGUUAAUUUCAAAGGGCAUGUUGUACAAAUUUCCCAUUAGUCACUUUUGUAUUUUUUUAGCUGAUUUCAAGGUACCAAAAUUUAGAUCUAAAAGGUUAAUUUAAACAUUUGAAUGUAAUUUAAAAGGCAGUAAUUGUUGCAUGGGACCUUUCGUAGGCAGGAAUGUGUUAUGUAUAUUGUAGGGACCCAGCUCUGUACUAUUUAUUUCAAAUAUUCCUUUUUCUUUUCCAAAAUCAGAUGCCAAGUUACACUCCUCAUUGAAUUUACAAUUGCUCUGAAGGGAUUUUCAGUCUAGUUGCAGCUGACCAAGUUACACCAGCUUUGACAACUCCUAUAAGAGGCAGCCUUCACACCAUAGGCCGCAGGCCCUCCUGCUGCAAUGGCAUAUUGCUGCAGACUGUUGGCUAAGGGCUGCAAAGGUUGUUACGGGGACUGGCCAUAAUAGCACAACUUACUGCUGGUUUCUUUAAUGCAGGGAUCCCAUCCUAUAGCACUGAAAUGAGCAGCUGAUCCUGUUCUUUAAUCAUUACAUUUAUGAAGAUGGAAACUGGGUCAAACGGAGCCAUUCAGUCUCUUUCUCCCGUACACUUCCUUUCCAAGGAGUUCGAUAGAUCAUGCGCCCAGCCCUGAAGCCCUUGCUCCCAGCUGUUCUUUCCUCACAUGACUAUUCCAUUGAAGCCAAUGAGCGUGAGAAGCAUUGCAUAGGCGAGUAAGGCUGCAGGAUCAGCCCAUGUUAGUAUUUCUCAUUUCUUCAGCAGUAGCUGAACACUGUGACUUCAAAGUAAAAAGCUUUGAAGUAUGUUUAAUUGCACUAGUGUUGAUAUAAUGUAGUGCAGCAGCAGCACUGACCCAUUUCCAUAUGAGAACCAGUUCCUGUAUUUUGCGAGGAUCAUUCAGAACCAACAGUUAAAUUCACUGUGACGAUGAACGUCAUUUUUUCACUUGGGACCUCAGAGUUGCAUCACCUUUUUAGCACGGAUUGAACAGUGCCUUGCACAAUGGGGCUCUGAUCUGAUUGGGGCUUCUAGGCCUAAUGCAAUACAAACAGUACAUAACAGGAGUAAUAAUUUACACUGAAGGAGUCGUGGAGUUGAAACAUUUGUCUAGCUAAUGUAGUUUGGAUAUGAUCUUUAGUAGAAAAUCAAUUAAAAAAAGGAAUAAACUUUAAGGGCAAUCUAAUAUCCAUGAUGGUUAUGAUGUUUACAUGACUUAGAAAUAAGGCUACAAUUUUGUCACAGUGGUCACAGAAAUUGUGAAUUUGAAUAAAGUCCAUGAAAUCUUGGAAAUGGCUGUAAAAACACAGUUGACUAGGCCUCCAAACUGAGUGGCAUUGCAACCUAAUCCACGGUGUGACGCUCGGGUUUGGUCCACUGAUCCCUCUGUCUCCAUCUACAAAAGUGCAGAAGAGCCAAACCUCAGUGGCACUGAGACCCCGUGUGCUGGGUCACAAUGCCUGCAGUAGGGAGCCAAGCCUUGCCUCGCAGGACAGGAGCCACUGCUGUGGGGCGAGUGUGAGAUGGGCUCGAUCUCCCAUGCCUCCUUUUCUGUGACUUAUAGAUUUUUUCUCCACACUCCUGUCAUGAAAUGUACUAAAAAAAUUGCCAAAAUUGCAGCCUUACUUAGAAACAUUUUGUACUGUAAAAAAACCCACAAAAACACAUCCAUAAAAAUCAACACCAGCAACAAAAAAGCCUUUCACAGAGGAAUGCUGAGUGUUACAUUUUUGAAGCGUGGGAGGUGAGCAAAAAUGUAACUGCGAGUUAAUUUUGUUAGACAAAAUGGAGAGAGAGGAUUUGUUGCGCUGUUGUAAGUACUGUAGCAAGUGGAAAAAGGAAGUGAUUAAAAUAUCCUUGGGCUUGAUUAACAUUAAAACUAAUGGUGAUAGAG